AGGAGGUGCUCAGAGGCUUCAGGAUGAAUCUAAAACUGUUUGAUUUCGGCUCGGAGGCGAAGGAGCAAGCUAAAGAUAUUAAAGCUUGGGGUGUAUUUUGACGCUGGACCAAACCCUUGGAUAUCGUGCGGAAUCUUAAAGAAACAUUACAGAAUUGGUUGUUAGGAGAAGGAUAACAACUACAAUGGCUGUCGGGAGAAAACGGAAGGGACUUUUGAGAAUCUGUCUUCUCAUGUGUUUGAUGAUCAGUCUUCCGAUUGGGGUUCUGUCGACAACAUGUCCAAUCGACCCAGAAUUAGAAGUCGGUGCAGCCGGCAACAGUUACGAUUGUCCCGACACCCUACCGGACGGCACGGUGAAUACGUAUAACUCAUGCUGCGUGAACGACAGAGCCGAUGAGAAUGGAGACUACCAUACCUGCUGCCAAGAUCCUGAAGUUGCUAAAGGCGAGAGCAUGGGCAAGUUUUACGCCCUCUGCGGUACAAUAGGGGGAGUGACCGCAGGAAUAAUGCUCCUAGUUUUCGUCAAGACGUACUGCCAAGACGACACCUUUAAGUGUCUUAGGCCAAUCAAGAAGGAGUUGAACAAGUGGUUUGCUUUGAUCAGCGAUGCUCUGUGUUUCUGUGGCUGCUGCCCCAAAAAACUUCGCCGGAAGACAAAGAAUGACACCAACGAGAAAGGGUCAAAGGUCAACAAAUCCGGUGACCCGUCAACCACGGAGGUCAAUAUGGAUGACUUCUGGAUGUAAAGGUCAUCUUUAAAGGUCAUUCUUUGGAAAGUGUUUUUUAAAUAAUUUUUAAACACAUAAGUAUUUAUUUCAUUUUAUUAAAAUGUUGAUCAAAUAAUCAGAAAUAAUAUGUACACUCAUGUCAUUUAAAAUGUGAAACAAAUAAUGUACAUUAUAUAAAUCUACCUUUGAAUUAGCCGCAAGAGGGCACUGUUUAAAAAAUUCAAGAAUGGAGUCAAUAAACAGAUCAAUUACCGGAUUUUUGUGAUUUUUUUAAAGAAAAUAAACACUUUCAUCAACUGGUUUUAUAACAUAUUGUCAGAUUUUUUCCAAAUUCUUACUAUGUUUAAUAAAAGGUUUUACUUUUACGUGACGUUCAACCAAUCAGUCAUAGCUCUAAACUUCUUAUAGCUGCCUUUUUUUUUAUUAAAAGUUGCUAAAAUGUAGACUGAUCUAGUUUUGUUUUGAAACGAGGUACAAAUUUGUGCCAAAUUGUUAAUUUUGUAGAGUGAAAAGUUUAUUAAUAACCAAUUGAAUAUAUAUAUUUUAAAAAACUAUUAUGAAUUUACAAAUCUUAAAACACGUGUUUAAAGCCAUUGGACACUUUCGGUAAACAGUAUUGUCCAAAGCCCCACACUUCGUGUAUCACAAC